AUGGCGAUGGCCGCGGCCGCCUCCCCCUCCAAGAUCCUGAUCCCUCCGCACCGAGCCUCCGCCGCGACCGCUGCCGCGUCCACCUCCUGCGACUCCUUCCGCCUCCUCUGCGCGCCGCGAGGACGGCGCCAGCGCCCACGCGGGUUGGUCGCGCGUUCGGCUCCGCGGCGGCCCUUCUUCUUCUCCCCACGUGCCGUGUCAGACUCCAAGAGCUCCCAGACCUGUCUCGACCCCGACGCAAGCACGAGUGUUCUCGGAAUUAUUCUUGGAGGUGGUGCAGGGACUAGAUUGUAUCCCCUGACGAAGAAGCGUGCGAAGCCUGCAGUGCCAUUGGGUGCCAACUACAGGCUUAUUGAUAUUCCUGUCAGUAAUUGUCUGAACAGCAACAUAUCAAAGAUCUAUGUGCUCACGCAGUUCAACUCAGCAUCUCUUAAUCGUCAUCUCUCACGAGCCUAUGGGAGCAACAUUGGAGGUUACAAGAAUGAAGGAUUUGUUGAAGUCCUUGCUGCACAGCAGAGCCCAGAUAACCCUGACUGGUUUCAGGGUACUGCAGAUGCUGUAAGGCAGUACUUGUGGCUAUUCGAGGAGCAUAAUGUUAUGGAAUAUCUAAUUCUUGCCGGAGAUCACCUGUACCGAAUGGACUAUGAAAAGUUUAUUCAGGCACACAGAGAAACAGAUGCUGAUAUUACUGUUGCUGCCUUGCCCAUGGAUGAGGAACGUGCAACUGCAUUUGGCCUUAUGAAAAUCGAUGAAGAAGGGAGGAUAAUUGAAUUCGCAGAGAAACCAAAAGGAGAACAGUUGAAAGCUAUGAUGGUUGAUACGACCAUACUUGGCCUUGACGAUGCGAGGGCAAAGGAAAUGCCUUAUAUUGCUAGCAUGGGUAUCUAUGUUAUUAGCAAACAUGUGAUGCUUCAGCUUCUCCGUGAGCAAUUUCCUGGAGCUAAUGACUUUGGAAGUGAGGUUAUUCCUGGUGCAACUAGCACUGGCAUGAGGGUACAAGCAUACCUAUACGAUGGUUACUGGGAAGAUAUUGGUACAAUUGAGGCAUUCUAUAAUGCAAAUUUGGGAAUUACCAAAAAGCCAAUACCUGAUUUCAGUUUCUAUGACCGUUCUGCUCCCAUUUACACACAACCUCGACACUUGCCUCCUUCAAAGGUUCUUGAUGCUGAUGUGACGGACAGUGUUAUUGGUGAAGGAUGUGUUAUUAAAAACUGCAAGAUACACCAUUCAGUAGUUGGACUCCGGUCCUGCAUAUCUGAAGGGGCAAUAAUAGAGGACACAUUGCUAAUGGGUGCGGACUACUAUGAGACUGAAGCGGAUAAGAAACUCCUUGCUGAAAAAGGUGGCAUUCCCAUUGGUAUUGGAAAGAAUUCACACAUCAAAAGAGCAAUAAUUGACAAGAAUGCUCGUAUUGGAGAUAACGUGAUGUUAUCGUUCUUCAUGUGCUUUGAGUUUGAUUUGACUGUCUUUAGUGGAUGGUUAAGACGUGCUGAUAAUGUCAAGGGAGGUUGGGGUAGACCAUACUUGACAUGGGAGGAGUCUCUAAAGAGUGAUCUGAAGAACUGGAAUAUCACCAAAGAUUUAGCCAUGGACAGGGGUGCGAGUAACAAUACAGUUGGUACAUGCAAACCAUGCACUGUUGACUCUGUUUGGGUUGCCCUGCAGGCAGAUGUGAAAUGUGUGCCAAGGGACAGGGCUACUUGCAUCAGUCUGGAAUCAACCAACGAGGCCGCGAAGAGAUCAUAA